AUGAAUAACCGAUUACUUGAUGAUGAUCAUGACGAUGAUAAUGAUUCACUCCUUACACCUGGAUUAAAUCAACAACAACAACAACAACAAGCCUUCAACUCCAAUACAACACAAGCCUCUAAAACAAAUAAGAAAUGGUGGAAUUUAAAAAAGGAUCGUAAAUCACACGUCGUUUGUUGGAUGAUGAUUUUAGGAUCUGGAUUAUUAUUGACUUCUAUUGGUAUCGUUUCAAUGGUUUUAUUAGUCAUUUACUCUCCAACUCCAAAGGAAAUUUUGAAUGGUACAAGUCCAAUUAGUGAAAAACAAUGGAAAGAAAUAGUAUUAGAAACAUUUGGAGUAGUGAGUGGAUUUGUUAUUGCAAGUCAAGCUCAAAGAGAAGUUGGUACUAAAUCAACUUCAGUGAUUGCUGUAUUGAAGAAUAUUAAUUUUGUAACAAAAUUAAGAACUGCCUCUAUUACAUUAUAUCCAAUUUAUCCAUCAACAUUGAAUCCAUCUGUUACAAUACCAUAUAAUGAAAGUAUGAGAAUUGUUGGAUAUAAAUCAUCUAAUACUAUUUCAUUCACAGUUACAAGUUUAACAAUUAUUGGUGAAGUAUUGGAUAAAUUAAUUGAAUUGGGUGUAACACAAAUAUCAAGUAUUAAUAUGCAAGCAAAUGAAACAGCUGUUAAUAAUGCACGUGAACAAGCUCUUUCAUUGGCUGUACAAGAUGCUAAAUCUAAAAUUGAAAAAGUUGUUGCAACAUUGAAUCCUGAUUUAACCAUUGAAACUAUUAGAAGUAGAAUGUAUACCUAUGAUGUUAAUAUUGAUAGUGUUAAUAGACCAAUUCCAAUCGCAUUCCCUUAUUUUGCUCAAGGUGCUUCAUAUAGAAUGGAUGCUGCUCAAUCACAAUCUGUUCCAGUAGUAGGUGGUGAUCAGACUAUUGAUUCAUAUGUUACUGUAAAGAUGGUUUUUAGACAACAACAACAACAAUAG